CUGAUUUGCAGCACGAAUAGUGUCUGCAACCCAUUUCUCUGUAAGCUAAGCUCAGAGAAUCGUCAAAAUGUCUUACCUCGAGGACCUUGAUUUGGACGAGGAGGAAGAAAUGGGCAGUGCAGAGGACAGGGAAUUGGCAAAGAAGUCCAAGGAGUUGGAAAGGCAACUCCAGGAAGAUGCUGAUAAGGAUUCUAAGACAUUCAAGCUAUUAAUGCUUGGUGCUGGUCAGGCAGGGAAAAGCACCAUUGUGAAGCAAAUGAAGAUUCUUCAUCAAGGUGGUUAUACGAAAGAAGAAAAAUUGAUGUUUCGAGGCAUCAUCUAUGGCAACAUCCUGCAAUCUGCUCUGGCCAUCAUCAGAGGCAUGGAGAUGUUGGGCAUCGAGUUCGGAUCACCAUCUGCAACUGAUGACGGCCAGAAGCUGCAUAACCUGUCAGACUCCAUUGAAGAAGGAAGCAUGCCCGCUGAGCUGGCUGAUAUCAUCAAGAGGCUGUGGAAGGACCCUGGUGUGCAGGCCUCCUUUGAGAGAGCUGUUGAAUAUCAGCUGAUUGACUCUGCAUCCUACUACCUUGGUGCGCUGGACCGGAUCACAAAGCCUGAUUACCUGCCCACUGAACAGGAUGUGCUGCGAUCUCGAGUCGAGACCACUGGUAUUAUUGAGGAGGUUUUUUCCUGCAAAGAGGUGCACUUCAGGAUGUUCGAUGUCGGCGGCCAUCGAUCAGAGAGGAAGAAGUGGAUCCAUUGUUUCGAGGGUGUGACCGGCAUCAUCUUCUGUUCAGCCAUCAGUGCAUAUGACAUGGUGCUGGUAGAGGACGAGGAAGUGAACCGCCUGCAUGAGUCUCUCCAUCUGUUCAACAGUAUCUGCAACCACAGGUUCUUUGAAGCAACCUCCAUUGUGCUUUUCCUCAACAAGAAGGAUAUCUUUGAGGAAAAGAUCAAGAAGGUCCACCUCAGCGUCUGCUUCCCAGACUAUGAUGGGCCAAACACAUAUGACGAUGCCUGCAACUACAUCAAGUCACAGUUUGAGGAGCUGAACAUGAAAAAGGGCGUUAAAGAAAUCUACACCCACAUGACCUGUGCCACAGACACAAAGAACAUCGAUACUGUGUUUGGAGCCGUGACAGACGUCAUCAUCAAAAACCUAAAGGAUUGUGGCCUUUUCUGAGCGGCUUGAGAAAUGAAAAAAGAAUAUCUUUCCCUUCCUUAACCCUUCACCUGACUCAUUGGCAUUGUUUGGGAGCUGUACCGGUGUGGGAGCACAGAGAGAAGUACCAGGAUGUCUGGCUGCUACAUCAACGUUGUUGAUCCCACGAGAGGCCCUGGGUCCCCGAUACUCCUUUCACGUCAUUCUCAUGUAUGACCCUGCUACACAGUGCAUUCAAUGUCCAACUGGAUUGAAACACCAACCAACAAGUCCCAAUACCCUUAUGGUCAUGCAGUCUAUUUUUUU